AUGAACUCGCCGCCCGGCGACGGCGGCAGCGCGCACGGCAUAUUUGGGUCCAGCGGCAUCAGCGGGUUCGGGUACGGCAUCGGCGUGUCCAUCGGCAUCCUCCUCGUGAUCACCACCAUCGCGUUGGCCAUCUACUUCUGCACGCGCACCUCCAUGCCCGUGUCCGCCGCCGCCGGCGGCGGCGGUGACGCGCCCGCGCCGCCGCGCGACGUCGAGCGGGGCAUCGACGAGGCGACGCUGGAGGCGUUCCCGGCGGUGUCCUACGCGGAGGCGAGGAAGGGGAAGGCGCCCGCGGCGGCGCAGGAGGAGGCGUUCUGCUGCUGCCCCGUCUGCCUCGACGGCUACGGCGAUGGCGACGUGGUCCGGGUGCUCCCCGACUGCGGCCACCUGUUCCACCGGGACUGCGUCGACCCCUGGCUCCGGCAGCGGCCCACGUGCCCGGUAUGCCGCACGUCGCCGCUGCCUAGCCCCAUGCCCACGCCGCUCGCCGAGGUCACGCCGCUGGCGUCGUCCGCGAGGCCGUCGUGA